AUGCAGGAUAGAAAAUAUUGUACAGAACAGGUCUCCCUUAUCACCACCGUUUUGAUCGUCGCUGCUUCAGCCGGCAUCCCAUUCAAGGAUUGCGGACACUCUGAGGUAACCAACGUUGCCAUCAGUGGCUGCACAACCAGUCCCUGCACUCUCCACAAGGGAAAGGAGGUUACCAUCGAUAUUGAGUACACCGCCAAUGCCGACAGCGCUAAAGCCGAGUGGUCUCUGCACGCCAUUGUAGGAGGUUUGGACUUGGACCUAGCUACUUUGAUCCCGGGCUUUGACCGAGAUGGUUGCAAAGACACGCCCUGUCCCGUCAAAAAGGGCGAUAAGAAGAAGUUCUCCUAUAAGCUAACCAUU